CCGGCAUGGGCGGUGGCGGUGGGUGUUGAUAGGGAAGCGGUGAGGAUCCCUGGAUUCACGGCCGGAACCGCCCGUUGCGGUUUGCCCCGGGAAGCAGCGAAAUGAAGCGGGCAGCGUGCGGUGUUUCCUGCCUUGGCUCCAGACGCAGAACAAAGCGAUGUUAGAGCAGAAGUCAGCUUACCAGAGAAGAUCAAGAUGAGUUUACGGAAGCAAACCCCCAGUGACUUCCUAAAACAAAUCAUUGGAAGGCCAGUUGUUGUAAAAUUAAACUCUGGAGUUGAUUAUCGAGGUGUCCUGGCUUGCCUGGAUGGAUAUAUGAACAUAGCUCUGGAGCAGACUGAGGAAUAUGUAAAUGGACAGUUAAAGAACAAGUAUGGAGAUGCAUUUAUCCGAGGAAAUAAUGUGUUGUACAUAAGCACCCAGAAGAGGAGGAUGUGAAGAUGCCAGAAGGAGGCUGUUUUUUUGUACUUGUGAGCCUCUUUGAAGUGAUGAGCCCUAUUUGAUUUGUAGUUCAAAAUCCACAGGUGAAAUACACAAGUGUUUAAGUAUUUUUUUAAAUAAAUGUAAAUGUGAGUGUAAA